ACGGGAAAGCGGUCCAUCCCCGCCCUAAGCGCGGUGCAUUGUGGGGAUUGAAUUCCCACCUGUCAAUCAGGCCGCAAAGCCGGGGAGAGGCUGCGUACAACAACAGGCGUCUCUUGAGCACCCAGUACUGGUAGAGAUUCAGAGCGACAAUGGCUGGAAAGGAGGCUGUAGCACAGUGUGAUGUACCUGUUACCAUCCUUGAGAAUCGGAUCAAAGCUGCCAAGGACCCUGAGGAGAUGGCAAAGCUUCAGAAAGACCUGGACCAGCUCCUUGAGACAAGAGAGCUGAUCCGACAGACAGUGCAGCAGAUCGUUAGACUGGCUAUGGACUCCGAAGAACAGGCCGAACGCGUGCUAACCACAAACCAGCGCCUCACAGAGCGGGAAAACUAUUAUGCUGUGGUGGAGUAUUUCCGGGUUCACUGCUUCGACUGGCACAAGCGAGAGUACGAGUAUGCUCGUCACCAGCUGAGCGCCUUCGUCAAUCUGUGUGAGGAGCGGGUCCCACUGGCACGGAUCAAGGAAACCAUUGACCAAGUGAGUGAGAAGCUGAAGAAAUGACAAUGUGGAACCCCCUCCCCUCCAUUUAGUUGAGACCAGGAUCUCCCUCUCUCAACUCCUUGUGUCUUCCAAUUAGAGUCAAAACUUUUAAAGCUGGUAGCUUCUCUCUCUCUCUCUGGUGCUGCUGGUUAGACGACAUUAUUCAGAAUAACUGGACAGGGGAUCGCUACAGACCAGCAAAUCACUUGAUGCAAACUGCAAAGAACCCUAAUACUUUUUAGUCUAUAAAAUGUGCACUGAAAGUAUGAACACUUAGUAUUUAUAAAGCAAAUUACAUUAUAUACAUGCUUUGUUAUUUUAAUACAUGCUCAUUAGUAAUGGUGCUGAUCAAGCUCAAGGUCACUAGAUAUGCCGAAAGACAGAGUUAAAACCAUCUUCCAUGCCCAUUGUACGCUGCAGUUUACAGUUUAGGUCCUGUAUUGAUGGUCUGAAAGAUAAACAGCUUGGUUACCUGAUGGAUGCACCAGUCAGCUAGCUCGAUCACUCAGCUUCAAGGAUCAGUUUGCUUUUGGUACAAAGGUCUUUUGUUGUUACUGGGACACUGUCUUUAUGUAGAUGAUGAACUUCUUUGGAAGGGUAGAGGAGAAGUUUACUCUUUCACAGUGAAAGCAUGAGGCUGUUGAUUCGGUGAAUGGUGUCAUUCCAUUGUCCAUUUUCAAACAAAUGAAAAUAUUUCAGGAAAAUCACUUUUUGAAGAUUGUGUCACUUUAAAAUGCCAACAUUUUCAGGAACAUGAAAAAUGUAUUGGGGUCAAAUAUCCUUUUCCUUUUUGAUUAUUUUUUAUCAUAUUCUGUGAUGUCAUCUCUUUCCAAAAAUGCAUCCAGUUUCUUUGCCAAUUCAUUUUUACCAGCUCCUUUAGUUGUUUCAUUAAAUUCAUUAACUCUUUGAGUGAACACGUUUUGCCCAGCGUUUCUUCUCUGUGUAUGCAGAUUCUAUCUUUCUAUGAAUUGGGCUCUCUAAUUUUUAAUUUGGGUCUCUGGAUAUUUGAACUUUUCAUUGCAGUUGACAUUUUGCCUGGCUGAGCUUCACACUUCAGCUUCAUUCUCGAAAAUUUUGAUUCAAUCAAAGUCUCUUUUCAAACAGGCCCAAUCUUUCCUCUUCACUUGGUGGCAGGGAUCCCAUUGGACUGUCCACAUCACCUUCCCAUUCCUCAGAUUACACAACAAAGAUGCAGAAUGAGAAAAGGCCAUUCAGCCCAUCAAGUUUAUUCCACUUGAGUCCAUGCCUGAUUGGAUUAUCAAGAACCUCUGUCCCACAAUACCUGUCAACGUCCCCAAAUUAGAAGGCAUCAAUUUCCUUCAUCGAGCUCCCUCAGCGAUUUAAAAACAAUCAGUGCCAUUAAUAUCUCUCUAACCGUUCAAUCUCCAUUCUCAACAGAUAUGGACACAGCUCAAAUUAAAUGUCAGUUGGUCCCAAAUCAAACCUCUGGGGAACUAUUUCUAAUCUUGUACCUUGUAGCCUAGGAAUGCAGUAUCGUGACCAAAUUGCCCAGUUUGGUCUACUUUACUCUGCCCACAUUGCCCAGCCUGGUUUAUUUGAAUGAGUGUAGAACUAGAGGUUUGAGCAAGUUAAACAGUUCAUUUAUUUCCACCUCUUUGAUACCUUUCAUUAGUUUGAAGGGUGUGUCAUGUCUCCUUUGAACACCUUUAAUUAUUGUACCUAACCUUGUUCUUCUCUGCACUAGUCCCUGAGCCCUUAUUGUACCUGUAGAAUUUGUGCUUUAGCUCAUAUGAAGCCUCUGAUACUCUGGUAGAAAAUAUCCUAUAUUUUGGAAACUGCUAUAACAGUUUCAUAGAUAUGCAAAAAAAACUUCUUUUCAAAAUUUUGUGCUGACCUUCAUUUCUCCCUCAUCCUUCACAUCCACAAUGUAAACCAACCCAAUUCAUCUGACACCCACCAUCGAGCUCUUUUUAAAACUCUUUUAAAUACUGUUACCUUUUCUGAUACCAAUUUCUAUUCUAUAGGUUUUGGGGUUGGUUAGGACACAUCAUCUAGGCUAACAAUUCAGGGCACUACUGAGAGAGUGCUGUUUUGGUGAAAGUGUCAUCUUGCAGGUGAGAUGCUGAAUCGACCUAUUGAGAUGAAUGUAAAAUAUCCCGUGGAAAUAUCUGAAGUGUAAAGCAGGAAUUCCUGGAUGAUAUUCAUCCCUCGACCAACAAGACUGAUUUACUGGUCUUUCAUCCCAUCUGCUGUUUAUUGGACCUUGCUGUGUGCAAACAUUUCCCUAUAGUGACCACACUUUAGAAGUAAUUAAUUAUCUGGAAAGCACUUUAGGAUACCCCAGGGUCAUGAAUAUUAAAUAAAUGUAAAGCUCACUAGCUUAGUUUUAAGUAAAUUAAAUGACUUGGCAAUUGUUCCAAUUGGUUUUAUUUGUGUUGUUCUUCAAUCUUUUAUUCAUUGACCUACUAACUGCAUUUUAAGUUUUAAAAAACAAUUAAAACUUUUAAAUACUUGGA